CGCUUCCGCCUGGGAAAUUUAAUUUCCGACACUUUGGGCGUGAGACGCGGCCGCCGCGGCGCCACACGUGGUCUUCUCAUUGACCACGGCGCGCACGAAUAUUGGCUCACGUUGUGCAACCCUUCAGCUGUUUCCCGCCAAAGCUCGCCAUUACAAAACACAGCGUGGUGAGAGGGCUAGGCGUGGGCCGAGUGAGCGCGCGCUGUUUUGGAUCGCGGGAGCGUUUUCCGUCGAAUCCGACUGCCGUUUUUCGCCUUUCGGCGCCCCGCGUGUCCGACGCGUGCCGGAUUCGUCCAGCGAGAAGACUUGGAGCCAUGGCCGCGGCCUACCGCAGCCUCAGCGAGGAGAGGAAGAUGAGCGGCGACGACUUCGAUUCUGGCGACCAGGAGGAUGUGGGCAGGCUGAGCGACCGGGCGGGGUCGCCGUCCAUGCACAUGGACCACGAGAAGAGGAUGCGGCGGGAGAUCGCCAACUCGAACGAGCGGCGGCGAAUGCAGAGCAUCAACGCGGGCUUCCAGUCGCUGCGGACGCUGCUGCCGCACCACGAGGGCGAGAAGCUGAGCAAGGCUGCGAUACUGCAACAGACCGCUGAGUACAUCUACACCUUGGAGCAGGAGAAGACCAGACUUCUUUCACAGAAUUGCCAGCUGAAGAGAAUUAUCAAUCAGCAUGAAGGAGAGACCUCCACUACAGUCAAAAAGCGGAAGACUGACUCGGGACCUGUCACGGUUGUCCCUGCCCCUGUGAGCGAGUCCUCUGACGAAGGCAUUGGAAGCAUGUCUCCCGAGCCCGUCAGCAUGGGUGCCUCUGGAGGAACCACUGUCCCUACACCGGAGCAAGAGAAUGCCACCGAAAUGUUGCGCAGAGAGAUGAUGGACUUGCGUGUCCACCUGGAACGGGAGAGACGCAUCAGGCUUGUUCUGGAGGAUCAAGUCAAGUCUCUAGAAAACCAGCUUUUCCCUGACCGAGCUCCUCUGCAAUACCAACAUGAGGUUGCAGCAUGGCCUGAGGAUCCCCCACUAGAGGAAGAUUUAUACCCAGAUUUGAAACAAGAUGCCGAGCUCUCCCAUUCAAUAAUUCAUCAGACGGUUGUUGAAAGAGAGAUUCCCCCUCGAAGAGAGUCACAGUGCUCCUCUCACAGUGGCAGCAGACUAUUUAAAGAUGAAGUUGACGGUGUUACUUCUAUCCAGUCCUCAGCAAUUGUCGCUUCUCCGUCACUCAUUUUCGCUGCUGAUACUGAGGGCCCUCAAAUGGCAUCUCUGCCAAUUCCUGUUGUUGCAUCCCCAUGCCCUUCACCCAUUCAAACAACCAUCUUGGGACCUGUCUCUCCGGUUUUGGAGCCUGCACAACCCAGCGUCUUGGAAGCAGCAAUCAAAGCAGAGCCCAAAGUAGAAGUUGAGAGACUUCCAUCUCCCCCUUCCAUCUCUGAUGAUCAAGCAAGGCUGUUUAUCAAUACUUCAAGGCAGAAUCUGGAAACCAUCGUAGAAGCGAUAAGACACCUGGAGGGUGAUCACUUAUUCAGUGACGAUCCUUCCCCUCACCGACUUCCAGUUCUUCCACCUCAAUCGGUCGUCACAUCAGUGACAACAGAAGUUAUUGUCCCUCACCAAGACCAUCUUCAAGAGAGAUUGCAGGGAUGUCCUGAAAAUGAGGCGCAAGAAAUGCCCCUUGCUCUUACCACAAAUUCAAGAGUGUUACCUCAGCAGAGCGCAGACCAGAGAAUACUGAAGAUGAAAAUGGACUCAUUUACCUACCAGCAACAACAGCAUCGACCAGGAGUAAUUGUCGUGAAACACACAUAAGGGAUUGCCUGUUAAACUUUCAAAAUUCACUGUCUUUCGUCUCAUCUUUCAAUUUCUUUCUCAUCUUCCCCUUCGUUUUACUUCUUUUAUUAGUUGAUGAUGAAAUUGUUUUAAAACAGUAAUCGCAUUGACUUUCUGGCAGUUGUUUAAAAGCCAGCUGAUCUAAUGUUGUUGUUGUUGUUAUUAUUGUUGCUGUGUGCUCUUAAUUAGGACCUACAUGAUUUAGGUUGAAUUUUAUUAUUUAUUUACACUUCUUCCCAUUUUUUCUUGCUUUAGGAAAUUUGGUAAAACCUGUGACUGUAUAUUCAGAAUUCAAUUCAAUUGUUAAUGUAAGACCUUUAAGUUUAAAUUGUGAGGAUGAAUAUUUUUCAAGCAGCGAAAUGAGUGGUGCAUAUGUAACUGUACUGUUGUGUUACGUCUUGUGAUUAAGACAAACUUGUCAUGCUUCAUGCUGUAUUCUCGCUACUUAUUUUCUGUUAUGUUUCUCUCCCUAUGUGUCUUGUUUUCUCCAUCAUUCUUCUCAUAAAUUUAUUUUGUAUACCCCUCAGAGAAGUAAUUGUAAAUAGGUUGUUAGUUUUGUUACAUUUUGUAUGUAGCCAAUUCCUGGCCUUGUUUUAGGACAACCCUCGUUGUUUUCUUUUCCUCUUUCUAACUCUUUGUUUGCGAAUAUGUGUGGAUCUGUUACACACUCAAUGUUUGGAGUAUUUAAUGGAUGAAUGAAUGCAUGAAUGAUUGUGUGUUGAUACACACAGGAUUGGCCUAAGUGCGAAGACAAUGUUUCUGAGGUAAAACUAUCUUAAUAUUUUGGACAAUGAUUGAUGUCAUUUCCAUUUGACAUCUUUUGUUAUUUUACAUGAUUUUAAGGUUUAUGAUUUUGGUCUUUGUCUGCCUUUGUCAUGAUUAUUGUUACCAUUGUUUCUUUGAGUGGCAUGAAAAUUACCGUACCUGCCAUAAAUUCUGAGUUCUCCAACUUUCUGAAGUUGGCAUAAAGUAUAUGGAGGAAAUAUCGGACAUAGCUUAUGAAAGUUACUUAUGAUCUACCGAUUAUUUGAAACAUCACACUUUCAUUUUCGUUUAAUUUGUGAUUUACUUUGUGAGAAACCGUCAUGGAUUGAGUUUUCUUCAAUCAUGUAAUUUGUUGCUGUUUCCCUUGUGUUGUGUGAUUUUUUUCUGUUAACUUUUAGAGUUUCUAUUAUUUUAUUCUGUAUUAAGUUGACGUGUGUGUAAAGCGUUAUAUUCUAAUUUUUAAGGGUGCUGUCUUGCAUUUGGGCCAAUGCAGUAUGUAUGUAUUUAUGAAUGUGUGAGAAGAGAAUGAAAGUGUUAUGGAGUGUGCAUUUAAUCUAAUUAAAAUGUAGAUUUGCGCUCUUGCUUGUGUGUGAAUGAGGAAGCCUAAGAGUUCUUGUAUACGAUGGUUGAGUGAAAUUUGAAUUUUCAUGUUUAUGCCUCACAGCUGUUUCUUUCUGGUACACUUAUUGCGCCAUCUUACUCCUCCAUUUCAACAGUAUAGACGUGUGUGAUUCUGCUUGUAAUUUGUGUAUUAAAGGUCAUGAGUGCUUGCUAAAUUAUGUUACAUGAUGUUACACAAUAUGAUUAUUUAAUUAUCAAAUAUGUUAACUUGAAAGGAAUAUCCCUCUAUCCGGGAACAGUACUGAUAAUUAUGUAUUAAGUAUCUGCUUUACAAACUUUUGAAAAAAAAAAAAAAAAAA